AGCUGUUACUGUCAACAUGUCGGCAGGAAAUGCCAAGAUUGGGCACCCAGCCCCCAAUUUCAAAGCUACAGCUGUUAUGCCAGAUCAGCAGUUCAAAGACAUCAGCCUUUCUGACUACAAAGGGAAAUAUGUUGUGUUGUUCUUCUACCCCUUGGACUUCACCUUUGUGUGCCCCACAGAGAUUAUUACAUUCAGUGAUCAAGCUGAAGAAUUUAAGAAACUCAACUGCCAAGUGAUUGGUGCUUCAGUGGAUUCACACUUCUGUCACCUUGCCUGGGUCAACACGGUCAAGAAGAAUGGUGGCCUGGGAGCUGUGAAUAUCCCAUUGUUGUCUGACCCCAAACGAACCAUUGCUGAAGAUUAUGGCGUCUUAAAGGCAGAUGAGGGAAUUUCAUUCAGAGGUCUCUUCAUCAUCGACGAGAAGGGGAUCCUUUGCCAGAUCACCAUCAAUGACCUUCCCAUGGGCCGAUCUGUAGAUGAAACUCUUUGGCUUGUCCAGGCCUUCCAGUUCACAGACAAGUAUGGCAAAGUGUGCCCUGCUGGCUGGAAACCGGGGAGUGACACCAUCAAGCCUAAUGUUCAGGGGAGUAAGGAGUACUUCUCCAAACAGUAG